GGAAUGCGGGUGGGAAAAUCUAAUAUACAGCACACCUAUUUGGCAUUAGUGAUCUAAAGCAAUUUGAGUUCCUGUGGGCAGCGGAAUAAAAAACCCUUUUUUAAAAAUUCAGCGCUGUUUUUAAGUUGUGUCAAAGCUUUUUGGUAGUUAUAUAUGUUCCUAGGAUUUAUUUUCAGUUUAAUCUGCCAGCCAGCAGCAGGAACGCUAGCUGGGGUUGUGUUUGUUGCUGAGGUGGCUAGCUGGGUUGUGAGGUUUGGACAGGCUAGCUGGGCUAAGCUGCGGUGUCUAUAAAAACACAAAUAAAGAAAUCAAACUUUUUAUUUUUUGAGAAUUCGCGCUUUAACAGACGAACAUGAGGAUCACGGUGGAUUUUGAGGAAUGUCUCAGAGACUCUCCGAGAUUCAGGGCCACCAUUGAGGAGGUGGAGGGAGAUGUGUGUGAGCUGGAGUCCAAAUUAGAUAAGUUGGUGAAGCUGUGCAUUGGGAUGAUCGACGCUGGAAAAGCGUACGUCUCGGCCAACAAGCAGUUUGUGAACGGCAUCCGAGAAUUAGCACAGCAGUCGGCUGAAGAUGAGGUCAUCGAGUCGAGUCUGACUAAGUUUGCUGAGAGUUUGCAGGAGAUGACCAACUAUCACACAAUUUUAUUUGACCAGGCACAGCGAUCAAUCAAAUCACAACUUCAGAUGUUUGUGAAAGAGGACCUGCGCAGGUUUAAGGAGUCGAAGAAGCAGUUUGAUAAAGUGAGUGAGGAGAAGGAGGCGGCGCUGAUCAAGAAUGCUCAGGCACCCAGAAAUAAACCACAUGAGGUGGAGGAAGCUAACGGCAUUCUCAGUGCAACACGCAAAUGCUUCCGCCAUAUUGUCCUGGAUUAUGUCCUCCAGAUUAAUCUUCUGCAGUCCAAGAGACAAUCAGAAAUCCUCAAAUCGAUGCUGUCCUUCAUGUAUGCCCACCUGACCUUCUUCCACCAAGGUUAUGACCUGUUCAGUGAACUUCACCCACUAAUGAAGCACCUCGGGGGGCAGUUGGAGCAGUUAAUGAUUGAUGCAGCAAAGGAUAAGAGGGUCAUGGAGACAAAACACUCCACUAUUCAGCAAAAGGAUUAUUCGAAUGACGACACCAAGCUGGAGUACAAUGUGGACGCCGAGAACGGGAUCAUUAUGGAGGGUUAUCUGUUCAAGAGGGCUAGUAAUGCCUUCAAAACAUGGAACAGGCGCUGGUUCUCAAUUCAGAACAAUCAGUUAGUCUACCAGAAGAAGUUUAAGGAUAACCCCACUGUGGUGGUGGAAGAUCUCAGGUUGUGUACAGUUAAACACUGUGAGGACAUCGAACGCCGUUUCUGCUUUGAGGUGGUUUCACCCACAAAGAGCUGUAUGAUGCAGGCCGAUUCUGAAAAGCUGAAACAGGCGUGGAUCAGAGCCAUGCAGAACAGCAUCGCUACGGCCUUCAGAGACAGAUCAGAUGACUCAGAGAAGUUGGACAGGAAGUCGUCGCCGUCCACAGCAAGUUUGGAGUCAGACCCCAGAGAGAAGACUCUGAAAGGAGAAGGAGCCUUACAAAAGGUCAUGUCCAUCGCAGGAAACAGCACAUGCUGUGAUUGUGGCCAGCCAGAGCCCAAAUGGGCCAGCAUUAACCUGGGAAUCACGCUGUGUAUCCAGUGUUCUGGAAUCCACAGGAGUUUAGGAGUACAUUUCUCCAAGGUGAGAUCUCUGACUCUGGACACGUGGGAGCCAGAACUGCUGAAGUUAAUGUGCGAGCUUGGAAAUGGCGUCAUAAAUCGGAUUUAUGAAGCUCGCAGGGAGGAGCUCGGAGCACGGAAACCACAGCCAGGAGACUCGAGGCAGGACGUGGAGUUGUACAUCAGAGGCAAGUACGUUGAUCGGCGGUUCAUCAGAAUGCCAUCGGACGAAGAACUGAAGCUGAAGAUCAGGGCUUUGUGUGUAGCGCAGAAACGACUCAGCGACUCUUCCGAACCACAGACACGACAAGCAACACAACAUACACACCCACAGAAAACACAACCACCGUCCGGAGCUUCAGGUCAGUCUGCGAGUGGCCUUGACGUUUCCAGUGAAUCUCUCUUCUGUCCUGCUGAGUUAGAUUCUCUCUUCUCCUACUUUGAUGCGUCUGGCCAGCGCAGUAUUAAAAGUGCAGACAGUGGCAUCAUGAACAAAGCUGAUGGAAGCCCCAUGGUUGUAAAAACCAGCCAUAAUCAUACAGAUGAGACUCAGUCCUCCACAUGUAGCAGUAAGGAGAAGCUGGUUUUCUCUGAGCCAAAGCAGUUCUGUCCCAGCUUGCAUCUGUACUGGGCCUCAUUUACACGCAGCCUCCCCGACAUGGCCGAGGCUCUGGCACAUGGGGCAAAGGUCAACUUUAUCAACACGGAGGAAGAGAAGAGAUCGCCGCUGAUCAUGGCUGUGCACGGAGGCUCUCUGGUCACAUGCGAGUUUCUGCUCCAGAAUUCAGCCAGUGUGAAUCAGUGUGACAGUCAGGGUAGAGGACCACUACACCACGCCACCAUCCUCGGACACACCGGACAAGUGUGUUUAUUCCUGAAGCGUGGGGCCAAUCAGAAUGCAGCGGACAUUGAAGACAAAACGCCACUGUCCAUUGCAGUGGACGCAGCUAAUGCAGACAUUGUAACGCUGCUGCGAUUGGCCAAGAUGAAUGAAGAAAUGCGAGAGUCAGAGGGACCAUACACGGGUCUCACAGGUAAUGAAACAUACCAGGACAUUUUCCAGGAUUUCUCCCAGAUGGCAUCAGAUGAUCCAGAUAAACUCCAUCGCUUCUGAUAUUGAGAUUUCUUUGCUCCUGCAUCUAUCAUGCAGCACAAUGAAGGUUUUUUGUUUUUCAUUUGUUUGACCUUGCAUGUAUUUUAAAUUUCACAAAAUAGAGAAAUAAUUUUACACCAAAGAUAAAUUGUUACAGCAAAGUAAGCAGUAUACCUGAUGAUGUAAUGAUCAGUUCUUAGUCCCACAAGUGUAAAUAUUUGUCUCUAUAUUAUUACUGCAUAAUCUCAGUUUCAUUUUAUUCUGUAUUUAAACUCCUGCAUAUUUUAUAUUCUCUUUUUACCACAUUGUUGAAAAUUUGGUGUUAUGUUUGUGAGAAUCACUCAGCGUGUGUGGGAUUUUAUUAGUUAUGUAUGAAUUAUAGCAUGUAAUGUAUUAUUCAUGUUAAUGUUAUUGCCAUAUAUUGGAUUCUAUUUCUUUUUGUUCUUAGUUUUUAGCAACACUAUGUUUUAGUCCUGUUGCAUGUUCUUUAAUCAUAUCAUAAUUUUCAGAUCAGUUUAUCAUCAGGGUCUGUUUUUAUUUAAAAUUAUUUAUUUGUCGUUUUUUUUUUUUGUUUUUUCUCACCAUACCAGUAAGUUCUGAGACUUUGAUCAGCAUGGAGCUGUAACUUUUAUUUGAUCACUUAUUUUUUAUAU